CGCCGCGGCUGAUCGGAUCAAUGUAUGUCCGGCGCAGAUCGUCGAGCUUGAGCUAUUUAUCUUCUUUAUGCAGGCGAGCUUUGAAUAAUGGAAACAGACAACCAAACCAACGUCAAAUUCGAGAACUGAUGGAAGGCGACUGGGGUUGGGCAGAAAUACAGAUAUCUGAUUGCUGUUCGCCCAACGAUCUGUUUGGCAUUCCUUGAUUCGCAAUUCCCACCUCAGUUGCCCGGGUUUUCUUUUCGUAAUGGCUGAAGUCGCGGGGGCUCUCCCACCUCAACCCGCCGCAAAGGUAACGGAUAUAAUCAAGAAUUAUAGAGCAUCAAAGUCUUUUCGAGGAACUCCCAAACCGGAUGGGCUCCCUAGCAAUGUUACCUCUUUGGAUUUCGACGACCAAGGCGAUUACCUGGUAGCGUCCGGAGACGAUGAAACACUACAAGUAUUUGAUAUUAAGGAAGGGAAACUGACCAAGACUGUCCCAAGUAAAAAAUAUGGAGUGCAUCUGGCAAAGUUCACCCACCACUCGCGCCAGAUACUUCACGCCAGCACGAAGGUGGACGACUCGUUACGGCUUUUAGACUUGCACAAUGAAAGUUAUCUUCGAUACUUCGCCGGUCAUACGGACAGGGUUACCUCACUUGCAGUUUCUCCAGGGACAGAUGCGGUUUUGUCUUGUUCCAAGGACGAUACCGUUGCGUUGUGGGAUCUCAAUUCGAGGAACGCCCAAGGGAAACUUAAACUAGCUACCCCUUAUCUAGUUGCAUUUGACCCGUCGGGUUCGGUCAUAGCAAUUGCCUCUCAGUCUACAUCGUCAGUACUACUCUACGACUUUAGAAACUAUGACAAGCCUCCUUUUGCGACAUUUGACCUUGCCCCACAAGAAGACCGAUUCACCCCUUCGACAAGGGGCAGGGCAUGGACCCGCUUGGAGUUUUCUAAUGAUGGCAAGCAUCUUCUUGUCGGAACAGACUACCACGGUCAUUUCCUAUUGGACGCCUUCGAGGGUAAUAUUAAGGCGUUUUUAAUCGGUAAAAGUGGACCCACUGGACGUGCUGCCCCUGUCUCGAGUUCUGGAAAACCAUUAGGCCAGGGGGACGUUUGUUUUACUCCAGAUGGACGUUACGUGCUUGGCGGUGCUGGCGAUCAAUCUGAUACUCUCGUCUGGGAUACCCAACAAUCUCCGGACGCCAGUUUAUUCCUUAAGCCCGCGUUCCGCCUGCCAUACCGUGCCCGCUCCGUUAUCGUGCAAGCCAAUCCGCGGUAUAACAUGUUCGCAACAGCAGACAAAGAGAUCACGUUCUGGCUCCCAGAUGAUAACGCUAAGCCGGCCGAAAAAUAAAAGGGCUUUCUAACAAGUUCGUUUAUUAAGGACUAUCUGAUUCGAAAUGGUGUUUCCAAAACCCUCUCUUCAAGGCUAGUUGGUAUAUGGGUAAUAGGGUAAAUAGAUUAAUCCUCUUGCCGAUGUCUAUCGAAGAUCCAUAACACGGCGUUCGCCGCAUCAUGGGAGGCAUGACUUUUCUAUAUAUUUGGUAUCUGUUUUCAGGCCUUCCUAUUGCUGUCCUUGCCAAUCAAACUUCUGGCUGUAUCGCAUAUCCAAACUAGGGGGCCUGACAAUUCGUCAUCGCCAUUUCUGUUUUCCUCGACAAGGACUUCGAUCUGCUUAGCUACCGUCCGAUUGCUCGAGAUCGUCAUGAGGCCAGUUGCCCAGCCAUACAGGAACACGCUUGUGUUAAUGUCGCUUAAUUGGCUCGCAACUAUGCGAGCGACAGGCGGCAAGACACCGUCUGCCCAGCCCCGUUCAAUUUCUGCAUGGGCAUUUACUACUCUAAUGGGAAUGUUCCAAUUUAAAGGAACUUUGUGGUCCGAUAACUCCUGGAACUGGGAUAUCAAAUCCUCUCUAUCACAGUUUAUAUCCCCCGCCAUCAUUAUUUUCGUCCUUUUCUUCUCAAUUGCAGUACCGAUUGUCUCAACUAUUUCAUACAUUCUCUUGGCGGCUUCUUCAGUGCAUACAAGCUGCCUGUCUCCCAUUGCCGGCCAAAGUUCAGAGGUGACCAACGGCUGUUUUGCCUCGAGUUCAAUCUGGCGGGUUAUUGCGGGAUGAUGACCGGCUGAUGGAUCAAUAUUUUGGAAAUGCGAUAAAUCGGACACUAGAGCAAGGAGUAAGGUACAGUCGACAUUUAAUGUAGAGGUCAUAUGUGGAUGAGGAUUCGGUAGUAGUGUCAGAAGAAGCUCUUCCACUGUCUUGGUUUGGUGGUGGCCGUUAUCUUUUCCAUUGGGGGCUGCCAGCAGCUUGGCCGCAUCUUCUGUGUCCGUGCUACACUCUACUGUAACACCGGUUUUUCGAAUAUCUUUAAUAAUGGCAUCAACCUCGGGGGUUUCCCCCUCCACAAUUUUUGGGAGCACAAAACGGAUCCGAGGAUGCUUAUAUCUGACUCUGACUAGGGCAGCCGCCUUUUUCAUGUCCGUAGCAAGCCUUACUAAUUCGAUGGUAUCCUCGUCAUCAUCGUCGCUGUCAUCAUCAUUCUGUAGCCUAUAGACCUCGGCUCCUUGCGCCUCCCCAUCUUCACUGGUCGAGUCACAUCCCAUUUCCCAGCCCCUUUUGGCCAACUCGAACAGUAGCCGACUAGUAGUGACAGUAGACACCUUGACCCACUCCUCCCCGUUGUCAGCUACUAUAUCCACCAGCACACUUCUCUUCUGCAACCCUACUUUGCUCAAAUUUUCUUCGACCGCCUUGUGCGCAUCUGCCGAAACAUGUAAUCCCUGUAUUGAGCGCUCAAGAUCUCGGGUUGAAGUCGGCGUAGCUAUCCCGUCCAUUCCAUCUCUUCCAGAUCCAUGAGCAUUGCGCUUAGCUUUGUACCAGUAAAAACGCUUGCUGAACGCAACCAGACCACAACAACUCGAUUUUGACACGUUCCACACAGAUGAAUAGAACGGGAGGUUGGACGAUCGUAGAGAGUGUAGGACCCGUAUCUCCGCUUCAUCCUGGCUAGCCUUCUCGCCAUCGUUAUCACCAUCGCCAUCGGCUAGAGGCCCAUCUAUCGGAGUAUCCGUUUUCGCGGCUAGCUCUGACAAUUUCUUCAAAGAUUUCAACUCGGAUUGCACGAAAGACUUGAACUGUCGCAAUUCAACUGCAUUGGGUUUACCAAUGGCUGCAAGAUGGGAUUGAAGGAAUGCGAGUUCGGACAGGAGCGCGUUGCAGUCCUCGAGCAAAGACGCCGCGAGACCUUUGCUGGUUUGUGGUGGGGUAAUGACUGACCCCGCCAUCAUGAUUUUCUCUGUCUCAACGAGGGAAGAAUGGAAAUUAAUGAAGGGAAAUACAGAGACGCAGGAAAGCAGAGAGUGAACGUGGACGAUGAAGGUCAGAAAUAGAAAUAUGUACAUAUAUAAGUGUGCGAUGGAUGCUAAUUGUUCGGGUAACUUUGAGGACGGGUUUCUAUAACUACGCGGGGAACUAGGAUUACAUAAACUGGCAUCCGCCUGACGUAAUUUUUAUCCCUCACUCGAAUCUUGAAGCUGUUCAAGCCUGAUAUAGCUUACCAUAUUUGGUUGUAGAUGAUUAUGAACAUGUAGGAAAAGCAAUAUUCUUAGUAUCUUAAGAUAUAGUCAGAAGUUGUGUACAGAUGGAUAUAUAUAGUUAAUUUUUCAAAAAUGAUCCAUGCAAUGACACGUCGGGGAGCUGGCUCCUAUGCUGAAGUGAAAUGUCAAAUCUGAAUGUCAAAUCUGAAUGCAUUGGAAUCUGCUAGAGUUGAGAAACCCUAAGUAAUCAUCAGACAGUAAAA